CAAUGUUUGAUUUCAUUUUAUUUAUUUAUUUAUUUAUUUAGAGAUACGGUCUUGCUCUGUUACCUAAGCUGGAGUACAGUGGCAUGAUCAUAAUUCACUGAAUCUUCUAUCUCCGGGGCUCAAGAACCCUCCCGCCUUGCCUCAGCCCCGCCUGAGACUACAGGCAAGUGCCACCAUGCCAUGCUAAUUUUUUAAUUUUUAUUUUUAGUAGAGAAGUGGUUGCCCUAUGUUGCCCAGGCUGGUCUCAAACUCCUGAGUUCAAAGUGAUCCUCCUGCCUUGGCCUCCCAAAGCAUUGGGAUUUGAGCCAAUGUGCCAAGCCAGCAGAAGCUUAAUUUAGAGAAAGUUUUUAUUUUGCACAAAAGAAAGGCACAAAAACCCAAAAUCAAUGCCAACUCUUGUUAGUCUCUUCGUCUACUCGUUUUGUUUUCAUGGACUUUGACACAGGUUCAUGAAACCCCCAGAUCCGGGAACAAUGCUAGUAGGCGAUAUUUAGGAUUGGUUUUUUUUCUUCAGAACCCGUUAAUUCCACUGUGUAAAUUACCUCCCUGAGAUAACAGAAACUUCCCCAGCACUGGGCAUUGUGCCAGGGGAGGGUGAGGCUGGAAACCUGGGUUUGACCCUGCUAGGCUUUCUCCAUAAAGGUUUCAGCCCCUCAUUCCACAUCAGGAGUGUUUUUGGAGAAAGCUGCACUCUGUUAAGCUCCAGGCUGCAGUGUAGAGAGGGAGUGAAGGAGCUCUCUGUAACCAAGUAAAGUGCAGCUGAGACUCCGACAAGAUUACGAUGAACCAACUCAGCUUCCUGCUUUUUCUCAUUGCGGCCACCAGAGGGUGGAUUACAGAUGAGGCUAACACUUACUCCAAGGAAUGGACCUGUUCUUCGUCUUCAUCUCUGCCCAGAACCUGCAAGGAAAUCAAAGACAAGUGCCCUAGUGCAUGUGAUGGCCUGUAUUUUCUCCGCACUGAGAAUGGUGUUAUCUACCAGACCUUCUGUGACAUGACCUCUGGGGGUGGUGGCUGGACCCUGGUGGCCAGCGUGCACGAGAAUGACAUGCAUGGGAAGUGUACGGUGGGUGAUCACUGGUCCAGUCAGCAGGGCAGCAAAGCAGACUACCCAGAGGGGGACGGCAACUGGGCCAACUACAACACCUUUGGGUCUGCAGAGGCAGCCACAAGUGAUGACUACAAGAACCCCGGCUACUAUGACAUCCAGGCCAAGGACCUGGGCAUCUGGCAUGUGCCCAACAAAUCCCCCAUGCAGCAUUGGAGAAACAGCUCCCUGCUGAGGUACCACACUGACACUGGCUUCCUCCAGACACUGGGACAUAAUCUGUUUGGCAUCUACCAGAAAUUCCCAGUGAAAUAUGGAGUAGGACAGUGUAUUACUGACAACGGCCCGGCGAUCCCUGUGGUCUAUGAUUUUGGUGAUGCCCAGAAAACAGCAUCUUAUUAUUCACCCUAUGGCCAGCGGGAGUUCACUGCGGGAUUUGUUCAGUUCAGGGUAUUUAACAAUGAGAGAGCAGCCAAUGCCUUGUGUGCUGGAAUGAAGGUCACUGGAUGUAACACUGAACACCACUGCAUUGGUGGAGGAGGAUACUUUCCAGAGGCUAGUCCCCGGCAGUGUGGAGAUUUUUCUGGUUUUGAUGGGAGUGGAUAUGGAACUCAUGUUGGUUACAGCAGCAGCCGGGAGAUAACUGAGGCAGCUGUGCUUCUAUUCUAUCAUUGAGAGCUUUGUGGGAGGGAACCCAGACCUCUCCUCCCAACCAUGAGAUCCCAGGGAUGGAGAACAACUUACCCAGUAGCUACAAUGUUAUGGCAGAAGAGAAACUAAUAAAUCAUACUGACUCAAG